CUUUUUUUUCCCUUGUCGACCCCCACUCCAAACAUAACAUAAGACUUAAAUGUAAUAUUACAUCCAAAAAAAACCAAUUAUAAAAUUAAAAUAAACAAAAAAGGUAAAUAAUAAAUAUAAUAUAAAAAAAGGUAAAACUUCUGCACGUAUCCUUUGGCCGGUGGCCGUGUCUCCGACCAUGCGUGACUUUCUGGCCGUUCCUGAGGUAUCCCGCCCCGAUGCGUUGAAGAAGAUCUGGGAGCACAUCAAGCUCCGCCAACUCAAGAACCCAGCAAACAAGAGGGAAAUCCUUUGUGAUGAGAUGCUCAAGAGCAUAUUUGAUGGGAGAGACAAAGUAGGGAUGCUUGAGAUUGCAAGGCUGGUGUCUUCACAUUUUCAGAAAUCCAAAUGAUCUGUUUUAAGAUAGACAAAUUGAGCCCUUUUUUUGUUCUUCCUAACCUUUUGUAUUUUAUGUUCACGAUGUUGUAAGCACUCUGAUCCAACUUUAUGUAGAGCAAGACUUGCUUAUGCUGCAGUUAAACUUCCUGGGGUUGUAAUCUUUCAUCCAAGUUUAGAAUUUA